AUGUCAUUCUAUCAUGAGGUAAUCCUGUACUUUCGUAGCUACUCGUCUUCUACCGCUAGACGUUGCAUCUCGGUUUUGCAUAGGGUAAACUGGGAUCCACAGUUGGCCAGCUUCGCCGGAAAGCUAGCCGUGCAGUGCAACUACCAUGUUAAUUCUCAACCGCACGAAGACCACGGCGUAGCCAUGUGGUACUCAUACAAGAAGAAUCCGCCAACCCCGAAAGAGAUCAUCAAAGGCUUUAAGCUUCAGGGCGUGAACUUCUACGACAACAUUACAAACCAAUGUAAAAUUGAUCCACGGCACCCGGCUCCCAGAAAAAUACCCAUCCAGCGACGCAAGUGCCAUUUGUCUGGCCACGAGGCCCGGUCAGGCACUGCGCUUACUGUUCGGAAGGACGAAAACUGUCCGUACUUGAAGCCGGUUUACGACAUUUACAGUGACUACUUCCGGACCCAUUAUUAUGUGUCAGACAUCAGCAUCUACAACGUUCGAAUUAGUGAAAAAUGGCGAUUGAUCGGAAUCAUUGGCUACGCGGUGCAAGGCCCUGUGCUGUGCGGAGCCAACGUGGUCAUCUACGAAUUUUUCGACAAGCGAGUCGGCUACAUUCAGGUGCCACAGGGUCUACAAGUGAACAGCAUGUUGCAGAAGCCUUCGCCGAACGUCUAUUACGGUGGGCCAAGUUUUGCCCUGUGGAAUUAA